AAAAUAUAAUUUAUGGGUAGAGAUUUCAGAGGUGGAAGAGGUGAUGCAAGAGGUGGUCGAGGAGGAGAUCGAGGUAGAGGAGCACCAAGAGGUAGAGGAGGUGUUAGAGGAGGUAGAGGAGGUCGAAUGGGAGGAGCACCAAAAGCUUUUGUAGUUCCACAUCCAAGAUUGGCUGGAGUUUUUGUAGCUAAAGGAUAAUAAGAAGCUUUAGUUACUAAGAAUAUGGUACCAGGAGAAUCAGUAUAUAAUGAAAAAAGAAUAUCUGUGGAAGAUAAAUAAACAGGAGAGAAAGUAGAAUAUAGAGUUUGGAAUCCAUUUAGAUCAAAGAUUGCUGCCGGUAUUAUUGGUGGUGUUAGCGAUAUUUUUAUAAAACCAGGGGCUAAAGUAUUAUAUUUGGGUGCUGCAUCAGGAACAACAGUUUCUCAUGUAUCAGAUAUAGUAGGAACAGAAGGUAUUAUAAAAAUAAUAUUAUUUAAGGAGUGGUAUAUGCAGUUGAAUUUUCUCAUAGAUCAGGAAGAGAUUUAGUAAAUAUGGCAAAGAAAAGAACAAACAUAGUACCAAUAAUAGCUGAUGCAAGAAAACCAUUAGAAUACAGAAUGCUUGUUGGAAUGGUAGAUGUAGUAUUUGCAGAUGUUGCUUAACCUGAUUAAGCUAGAAUUGUUGGAUUAAAUUCAUAAUAUUUCCUUAAAAAAGGAGGACAUUUUAUGAUAUCUAUUAAAGCUAAUUGUAUUGAUUCCACUAAUCGUGCUGAAGUUGUAUUUUAACAUGAAGUUUAAAGAUUAAAGGUUGUUUUUAUUUUUGAGUAUUUUUUAGGAUGAAGGAUUAACACCUUAAGAAUAACUCACUUUGGAACCAUAUGAAAGAGAUCAUGCUAUUGUAAUUGGAGUAUAUAAUGUUUGAAUAUGAAAAUAUAAAGU